AUGUCGACCAAAGACUUUAUCAUCAAACACAUGAACGCCGACCACGCCGACUCCCUCCAACUCUACCUCCAAGCCUACAACGGCAUCACCGCCCAUGAAUCCCAAGGCGCCACCCUCGAAGACCUAACCCUCUCCAACCUCAUAAUCACCGCCCAAAAAACCCGCUACACCAUCCCCCUCAUCCCCGCAAUGAAAGACUACACCGAAGCCCGCACCCGCCUGGUCACCCUGCACAAAGAAAGCCUCCAGAAACUCGGCCGCUCCGACGUAACUCUCACUGAAUACCGUGCUCCUCGCGGCUUCCAAGCUGUCAUAUUCGGCCUGGUGCUCUUCACCUAUGUCACCUGCUGGCAGCGCAGCAAUCUCCUGCCCGGUGCGUUUGUCUACGAGAAUAUGGGGUUCAAGUUUGUUCCGGACUUUGCGCAUUUCAUUUAUCGGAUUUGGCCAGUGUUUUUCCCUAGUGUGCUGGGUAUUCAUGUUGUGGAGAGUGUGGCGUUGGCGGUGACCAAGUUGAGGCCUAUGGGUGUGAAGGUUGGUUCGGGGUUGUGGUUUGCUUGGAUGGGGUCGUGCUUUAUUGAGGGCUUUGGGGCGUUUGUGAGGAUUGGGGAGAUUGUUAAGGAGGAGAGGGCUAAGAAGGGUGGGAAGAGGGAGUGA